AUGUGUGUUAUUGAAAUUAAAACUCUAAAAAUGGUGGGAAACAAUUCAAAUUUGCGGGGACCCGGCAAAAACACGAGUGUUCAAAGAACAGUGGCAUGUUUUAUCAGUGCGUGUCGUAAAUUAAAUAGUUUGGAGAGCAUUUAUGCGGGUCUAUUUGUGUUGCUUGUGCCAUCAGUUCUUUGUAAAGCAGAUUGGCCAAGACAUCUAACAUACGACCAAAUAUACAACAACACACACUACGCACAGUUACAAACUGUGUACAAGCCAUACACCGCAGUCAGUAGUUUUAGUAGCCAUGUAAAUAGUCCUAAGUACAUCCACAAUGAUACCAGGAGUAAUGAGGUUGAAGAAAGACCUCAUUAUAAGGAUGCUAGUGGUCCACUGCUGGUGGGAUUCGCCAGGGAUCCCUUUAGGUACUCUGUGCCCGAAGACGAUUAUAGGAAAGGGGUCAGGAACAUAGAUCCCCAAGUAUACAUGAGUAAGACGGAGAACCGUGGCAAGCGUGGAGUGUUCCACCUGUACAACAUGAUGUACUGCGCCACUGGCUGCGAUCCUCUCGCUUAUAAAGGCUAUGGAUGCUACUGCGGAUUCCUCGGAGAAGGGAGACCUACUGACGGUAUUGACAGGUGUUGCAAGCUCCACGACGAAUGUUACGAGAACAUCUACUGUCCAUUCUAUACAGUAUACCUGCAGCCUUACUUCUGGAAGUGCUAUCAUGGACAGCCUCUGUGUGCGCUGGAGAAUUUUGACUCACAGCACGACUUCAUUAACCGGUGUGCUGGACGACUUUGCGAGUGUGAUAGACAAUUCGCGAUGUGUGUGAGAAGGUACCGGUGUCCUCGACGACGAGCUCUGUGUCGAUCCUCCCCUAUACGACUGCUGCAAAACCUGCUCAUGUUCCGAUGA